AUGAAGCGCGCUCUAAUGACACCAAGCCUCCGAGCAAAUGCGACCAGAAGAGCAUUUCACACAACCCGCCCGCGCGGUUUGCCAAACGCACCUAACGCUGCGAAACCUCAGCCAAGUCAAGCUCAACCAAGAACGACAGAUGCGUCAAGCAAAGAAGCGUCAACAGCGCCUCGGAAAAAGACGAGUGCAGAACUAGACCAAGAACUGAGGGAGAAGCUGGAGGGUAUGUCUGGUGAUGGAGGAGGUGCGGGAGUCGAAUAUGAGAAUGGUAGGGCGGAGGGAUUGAAGAGAGGCGUCAAGUCGAAUAUGUUCCGGGUGAUAUAA